AUGAUACUGUCAAAUGCACAGCAGGAGAUCCCAACAGUGAACUCCGACGAAAUUCAGUCCGUCGCGCUCCGCUCCGAGAUGCUACACACAGGCCUGUUUCCUGCUCCGAUCACGCCAGCCUAUCGGAGUGAAUCUCGAACGCCAGAUCUACGUAUAAGCCGAGGCGGCACCGGGGCGGUGCAUACUCGAGUCACAUCCGUUGAUUACCUUUAUGUCCCAAAAGCACACGUUGUCUUUCAGCCACGGCCCCGCCUUCAUGCGCUUGCAUCCCUCACCCCUUCGCUCAUCGCUCCAGCACAGAUACCAAAGCUUCUCACCCUCAUGUCCGCUGACUCUCACGCAGUCCACUUGCGGGAUAUCCCCAUUGGUCAGAGAUAUCUGAUCUUCUCCCAGCAGUCCGGCUUAGAAGGCAGACCAGAGCUGGUCACUUGCAUCACCAUCGCUUUCAACAACACCGCCGGGGGCUGCAACCUCGCUCGGAACCCGGUCGCACCCACGGCCAGUAUCAGCGCUGCCGAUAUCGAGUCGGUGUUGCUAUCAGAGGGGCUGUCCCUUGAGAGACCACUGUACUACCUGGACUCUGGCUGGACAGGACUGCAACAGAAGGCUCGGGCGAGACGAUGGCAGAGUCAGAACGCGUCUGAAGGCAUAUCCCAGUCCGCGCAGCCGCGGGAGGAAACGGGGAUGACGUGCAAAGGCAGCGGUGACAUCACCAUGGAGGGUACGACCGAAGACAUCCAGAAAGCGGGUCUAGGUGCGGUGGGGAGCUUGACAUGCGUCAGAGACAUGGCGGAACUGAGCUUGGAGAGAUCGUCUGAGACUUGGCGGUCGUGA